AUGGAGCAGGCGCGCGGGCCGGGGGCCGAAGCUGACGCUCCGGAGGAGGAGGAGGGGGAGGCGCGGGCGGCCAUGGCGGCCGUGGUGUCUGCUGCGGGUGGAGCGUGCCCCGCAGUUCUGCAGGUGGCCGGCCUCUACCGGGGCCUAUGUGCAGUGCGCAGCCGCGCCCUAGGGUUGGGGAUCGUGUCACCAGCACAGCUGCGCGUGUUCCCGGUACGCCGGGGCUCCGGCCCGCCCUCCGGGGGAGCAGCUGGCAGCGGGGUCAGCGAGCUGGAAGCUAACCCCUUCUACGACCGCUACCGGGACAAGAUCCAGCAGCUGCGCAGGUCUGACCCAGCCGCCUUUGAGUCCCGCCUGGAGAAGCGCAGUGAGUUUCGGAAGCAACCAGUGGGGCACUCCAAACAAAGUGAUUUUAUCAAAUGUGUGGAGCAGAAGACACAUGCCUCAGGGAAACAGCCUGUGAGCAAAGGAUUUACUAAGGACAAGACUCUCAGUUCAAUCUUUAACAUUGAGAUGGUGAAAGACAAAACUGCAGAGGAAAUAAAACAGAUUUGGCAGCAGUAUUUUUCAGCAAAAGACACAGUCUACGCAGUUAUUCCUAAAGAGAAGUUUGAUUUGAUCUCGAACCGGGCUCAGUCCUGCCCAACAUUUCUUUGUGCACUACCAAGAAGAGAUGGUUAUGAGUUCUUUGUAGGACAGUGGACAGAUACUGAACUCCACUUCACUGCACUUAUAAAUAUUCAGGGGGAUGCUGCAGCCAGCCAGUUGAUUUUAUAUCACUAUCCUGAACUUAAGGAAGAAAAAGGCAUAGUACUGAUGACAGCAGAAAUGGAUUCCACAUUUCUGAAUGUUGCUGAGGCACAGUGCAUCGCCAAUCAGGUUCAACUCUUCUACGCCACUGAUCGGAAGGAGGUCUUUGGGCUAGUAGAGACCUUUAACUUCAGACCAAAUGAGUUCAAAUAUAUGUCUGUCAUCGCUGAAUUGGAGCAAAGUGGACUUGGAACAGAACUGAAAUGUGUUCAGAACCAGGAUAAGACUUAGAGACAUCUUGAUUGACCCUUCACAGAGUUGGCUCAGUCCUGGAUAGCCUCAAGCCCACCCACACCCUUGACCUCCAGAGCUCAACAUCUGCAACAAGCAGUCUGAAAAGAGUUAUUGUGUAUGCUUAUUACAAGAAGUGAUUAUGGGCAUGAGCCCUAAUACUUGAUAUUCAGGAACAAAGGUAUACAAAUAUUCUGAUAAUUACCUCUCAGCCUACGGGUUCCUUUUAUGUGUUUCUGGGCAUUUGAAAAAGGAAUUAUUCAGGGAUCUACAAGACUAUUGGCUGGGUUUUAUUAGGUGUAACAGUGAGGUUGACUGCAAAGCUCCCAGUUCUAUGUCUUCAUAAACCUGUAGCAAUAAGCUUGAGAUCUUAGAGAUGUCAGCUUUGCAUAUUCUUUCCAUGUACCAGUGAGCUGGCUAAAAAUAUAACCCAAAAAUCCUGGCCACACUCAGUACAACCAGCUAUGUUCCUCAAAAGGAAGACUUCUAGAAUCUCCUCCAGAGUUGCCUUCAGUGUAACUUGGGCUUUCAGGUAUAGUUAAAUAAACAGAUACAAUGCCUGCAUACUGUUAAACCAACACUUAUGGCCCCACUCUCUGAACUCUGCCUGUGAGAAGCUGAUUAAUUAGUUCAGUGUAAAUAAAACCUUUUUGUAAGAUCA